AGUUGGUCCAAAGUUUAUUUUAUUUGACGAUUUAGAAGCUGUUAAAUUUAUCUUAAAAGAUAGUAAUAUGCCAAAGACUCCAACCAUCGCGGGAAUCAGAGCUCAUCAAAACUUACCGACUUUAUUUUCAGCCACUGAUAAGAAGUUUCACAAACAACGUAAACAUAUAUUAUCACCUGCAUUCUCUAUAAAAUACGUUGCGUCACUCGAACCACUAAUUCAAUCCUGCGUAAAAUCAUUAAUCAAAAAAAUCGAUUCACUUUCAAAACCUUCGACUAAAUCCUUAAAUUCGUUAAAUUCGGAAUCCAAUAAUAUAUUCAAUGAAGAUAAUUUACCAUUUAUAAACCUUUACCA